UUUGCUUAGAGCGUGCUAUUCAACAUUGUACUGAUCCUUCUGCUUUACUUGCAAUCUAAAACACAUCCGUCUCUCCCGUUCUUGUCGCAGACCUGCCGGAAGCGAAUACUUGUGCUACAAAUUCAAGCCCUACAAGCAAGAGCUUCAAGAACAAUAAUUUCGGCACGACCUUUGUUUAUAGGUAGACUAGAACAAUACAAAGAAGAUGCCUACAUCCCGAUGAUGGACACCACAGAGUUGAAAUAGUUUCGAUAGACGUCGCCGUGCAAGUAGGCAGCAGAUUUUCCUCGGGCUCAGUACAGUGUCCACGUUCCCAUCGAUAAGUGGCUGAAUCAAACGCAUUUAAGCCUCGAAGUAAAGCUACCAUCAACUUGGGCUUCCGUCCUCUCACCUCCACACCUCACCCUUGUAAACCGCUGGGUGAAGACUGUUUGCUACCCUGCGAGCCGCAGGGUAGUCAUAUGCUCACAGUGGUGCCAUUUUCAUAUCAUCUAGUUGUUUCCGAAUGUCCUGUUGCGUUUGCUUCGAAGGUCAAGAUACCCUUCUUCGGAUCACUUGUGGUCAUGUAUGCUGUGAUUCAUGCUUUCAGAAUAUUGCUAGGAUGCGCUUGGGACAUCGGUGUCCCCAGUGCAGAGCUGAGUUCGACCCAGACGAUGCUUUGAUAACCUACAUUCCUUCCCAGCAGCCCUCUCAGGAUAUUGUCACUGAGCUGGAUCAAACGAGGGAAACAAAUGGCGAAUUACAAGCGCUCAUCGAGUCCCUCUUUCAAGAAAUCCAGCAGAAAGAUGCCUAUGCCGCAGAAUUGCAAAGACAAUUGGUUCAGGAGCAAGAAGCUACGGAACAUCUGCGUGAGACGGUCAUUGCGCUCUACAAUCAGGUCAACGAUGUUUCGACUACUCUUGCCGAGAGUCAAGACCAGUUGAGGUGCCUACGACGGGAAAACGGGCAAACGUCUUCUGUGCUUGGUCUUGCGCGUUGGGUCCUCUCAGUCGCUUCUCCCAGACAAUCUGCCGGUCCUGAACGUGGAGGGCGAAGUGUCGUGACAGAUGAAUUAGGUGCAUCUUCAACGGACGAAGAUGAAAAGUCGGAUGAAGAUAUUCCUUCACCACCUCAAACGGAGAAUAGCUGGAGUAGUCUCGCCGGCCUUUUUACGCUGGGGCGCCCUGCAGCAGCGGCAUCUCCCCUCUCUUCAAGUACUUCAUCUACCAUUAUGCAGAGAAUGAGGCAAGCGAUACCCCCAGUCAGUUGGGCUGGGCAGUCAGCGGAAGCCCGCGAGAGGCAACCUGUGCGUAGAGAAGUCGGACGUCGUCAACGAAUAAGUUAUCCUGACAACCUCACAAGGCCAAAUGUUCAACAUGUGCAGAACGAGAGUAUUUCUAGCAUGCCUAUGCGUGUCCGCAUACCAGACGCCCUCAUACGGUUCUGCUGGACGUCAAAUACUUCAAUCCUCCAUCCAAGUGCAACACAACCGAACGCCAAGAUCGCCUGUAGCCACUAUCACUGAUCAUGGAUGUCUCUCUAAUGGAGCACAUGGGACGUGGAGGUUAAAGUCUGGUAAUGGGAGUUCACGCAAGUACGUUUGCAAUGCAUGCUUGUUGGUGGUGGAGGAGCGCAAAGAGGAGAUUGAGGGUGAGCAAGUUUGGUACCCGUUCUCCCAAUCUAGGGAGUAACCGCACGCGUUGCGAGAAGUCUCCUAGCUGUACCUGGGGUUUCUGAUUUCGAGAAGCGCUGUGUAGUGUAAUAUUGGAUGUCGAUGUUGCCGGUAUGAGAUUAGGUGGUAUCCUGCUAUCUUCAAUAUAUCAGGACAGGUUUCGCUAGCAUAUUAGACAA